AUGGAUCGAACGUUUCUUUUUUCCACCUUCGUCAUCGCGCAGGCGUUCCUGUCGAUGCUCUGCGCCUUCAAGUUCGGCAUCUUCCUCUUCUUCGCCACCUGGAUCACGGUCAUGACCAUGUUCGUCUAUGUUUUCCUGCCGGAGACCAAGGGCGUGCCCAUCGAGGAGAUGGUGCUGCUGUGGAGGAAGCACUGGUUCUGGAAGAAGGUGAUGCCGGACAUGCCGCUCAAGGACGGGUGUGGAGAAGGGGACGGUGGGCGUGCUGACAAUAAGGGCCACUAG